AUGCGUCCCUUCCUUUACAUCAACCUGGCUGCGCUGGCUCUCGCAGCAGACCCAUGGAUCAACGAGCCCGACACCGGUCUAGAGGCGUAUCUCUACAGCACAAAUUACACAAAGAGCAGCCAACCGUUGUUGAAAGAUAUCCGAGGUGUUCCGGACUUUGACUGGGCUGCGGAGCAAUCAUUAGGCUUGCAGCAAUAUUCAUUCUAUCGGACAGCUGCCGCUGGGGAGUGGAGUUAUCGAAACAACUUGGAUGUAUGGUCGAAAGUCAAGUUCCGAGUUCGCAUGCUGAACGACGUCUCCAAAGUGAAUGAGACACUGCCCACCACCUUCUUAGGCUACAACUUCAGUGCCCCAAUCUUCAUUGCUCCUGCGGCGCGCGCGGGAUAUGGCGACGAAAGAGGCGAAUUGAACUUCGUUGAUGCCGCAGCUAACGAAAACAUCCUAUACACUGCCGCUUUGUACGCAUCCAAGACCAUUGAGGAACUUGGUGCUCAGAAGAAGAUGCACAAUGAUACCCUGAAUGGUCCACUCGCGACCUUCCAGCAGAUCUACACCAACGCCAACCUAUCCGUAACAUGGGAUGCGAUGAAACGUGCCGAAGCACAAGGAGCCAAGGCCUUCGUAUGGACUAUUGAUGCGCCCGGCACCGCAACAAGGCACCGCGCUGCUAGAUAUGACACUACCAAUGCCAAUGCUGUCACCUCGCCCCUGACCUGGGAUCUUUACGAUCAGAUUAGAAAUCACACCUCACUUCCGGUCAUUCCUAAGGGUAUUUCUACUGUUGAGGAUGCUCUCUUGGCGAUAGAGAAGGGCGCAAAAGCCAUUUACAUCUCCAACCACGGUGGCCGACAGCUCGACCACUCUCCCUCUCCUCUCGAGAUCGCAUAUGAAAUCUACCGCAAUGCACCCCAGGUCUUUGAGCAGGUCGACGUCAUGGCCGACAGUGGUGUCAGAUACGGCAGCGAUGUUCUCAAGUUGUUGGCGCUUGGUGUGAAGAUGGUCGGCAUGGGUCGACCCUUCAUGUACGCCAACUGCUAUGGUCUCGAAGGCGUCAAAAAGCUCAUCCAGAUCAUGAAGACGGAACUUGCUGCUGAUGCAGGCCAAGCCGGCGUGGCCGACUUGAAGAAGAUUAGCCGCAAUCUGAUCAACGCACGCGCUCUUGAUGACACGGUGUUUCUCAUGGAUGCUUAA